AUGGUUGUACAAGAUAAUAAUAUAAAAGUUUAUGUUGAUUGGACACUCGUUUGUAAUUCCGAUUCAUUUGAACAAUCAUUUGCUACAUUUGUUGGAUUAUAUUGUUUGUUCGAUUUGAAAUUUUAUGUGCAUCGUACUGCAAUACGAUUUCUAUAUGUAUAUUUCUUAAAUGAUAAACAACAACAAUCAAAUACCAUUAGAAGAUUUUGCAAAGAAUAUAAUAUUGAACUUCAACACAACUUUUCACCAUCCGCUAAUUCACUUGAAGAAAUAUCGAAUAAUAAUACAUCAAAUUUCGAUGAACCGCAACAUACAAUUCUUACGGAACAAAACAACAAUGAAAUUGUAUCUGAUCAAUUUUCAAUAGCAGUCUCAAAUCCUCGACCGACAACUCGUCCAAAUAAUUGCGAAAGAAAAGCAGCUGAAUUAAUUGAUUCCGCUAAUAGCGGUGAAAAAAAUACUUCACCAACAAAAAAAACCAGAUCGA